AGGAAACCACGCCCCGAAAUUCAAAUUUAUCGGCCUGGAGCCCUUCGUCAAGGCUCGGGGAGCACGAAAAACCUCUCAGCGAACGACGACAGGCCUCCGAGACCAGAAAAAUUGACGACGACGUCUUCUGGAAAUGCGUCCAGAAGACGUAGCAAUGAUACGGAUAGUGUGACGUCACGUGGCGGGUCUGGAAGUACCACUCCAGACGCGAUGGUCAUGAAUGAGAGGGGAAGAAAUCGAUUUGAGGGCAGAGGAGGUGCUGCUGCUGGCGGCAAUUCGAAUUAUAAUUCGACGCAAUCGCUGUACGACACUCGACAACAUGGUGGCUAUAUGGAGUAUAAUGGAAAUGGCGGUGGCGGCGGAAGAUUCCAGAAUCCGAAUCCCAAUUAUCAUAGAAAUCAGCAAUCACAACCGUUCGAACGAAAUUAUGUACGCAAUUCCCGCGGCUUCUCGGAACGCGCAUCAAUGCGUGGCGAUGGUGCCAUCGCCAGAAGACCCCAAACAACCACACGACGACAACGAAACGAUUCGAUAAAUUCGACGCAGAGUGAAAUGCCAGCGAACAACACCCAGCUCCACAUCGACACCUCCUUCGACUCGGCAUCCCAAUGUGGAGCAUCGUCCUUCUCCAUGAAUUCCCUGGGCGAAGCGUUUAGCUUUGAGGAGAUGUGCCAGAAUUUGCAGAAUUUCGCAUCGAUGGACUGGAGUAAAGAGGUGGAGAAUGAGUUUGCGAUGCAGAAGGAGCUCGAGGAGGAGGAGGAGAGGCAGGCGGCGGCGGAGGAGGAGGCCCAAAUGGUCCAGAAGACCAGCCAGGAGAGAGAUCACCGCAAGAAUCGAAGAAACCGGAGAAACUACGAUGAAAGUGACAGAGAAUCCUCGUUUGGGGGAUCUAUAGCAGAGGAGAAGGAGCCGGAAGACGAUCCAGAAGAGGAGCUUAGAAGUGGAGAACGAACGCCUACAUCCAUCAGAAGUGGAAGCUCCUACAAUCCACGAGUCAUGUACCAGAAGUCCCGAGUUGCUGCCACAAACGACGAGAAUCAUCAUGGAAGACGUCAAAAGGAGAGCUUAUCUACUAAAAAAGAGGCGCCACGACGAUACCGUGGAGAGCAUGAUGAUAGGGAUGAUGACACCAUGGAGUACAGUAAUCUGGAGACAUCGAACACCGGAAGGUUGGCUGGAAGGAUUACGAUUGUGCCCAGGAAUCGGGAGCAAGAGGAGAAUAGUAAGAAUUUUAUACGAAAAACCGAAAAAUCGAAA